GAGGGUGGCCGAUACAUCGGAGUCCUCCUGCAGCGUCACACUCAAAAGCUACACAAUGCACUUGGAGGGGCUGUCAGAUACAAAAAUCCCAGGACCAGCAUCACCUUUGAGCAUACACAGCAGUAGAAACAUUUCUGUCCUUCAGGGGCCAAGCCAAAGCCAGAUAGAGGAUAGGUUUUCCCAAGAUUCCCUGCAUCGAAGUAUCAGUCAGCUCAUUGAAGCAUCUGAGAAAAAGUCCUCGGUAGAAAAUACUGUUUGGGAUGCCAUUAUUCAUGGCCAUGACAGCAAUUUGUGUGCAGACAAUGAAGAUCUUGUGAGCACUAUCAAAAGCUUCAGUACUGUCACCAAGCCACAUACAUCAUUUACUGAUACACACUUGUAGGUUAUUUAGCCGUUGCCACAGAACAGAAAAAUAUGGACUCUUGACUAUUUUCUCUUUGUAGUUAUUGUGAAGUAAUCCUUCUGAAAUGUUUCUAGUGUUUAUGAAUUACAUCUUGAACUGUAUGUAUGUGAAAGCUAUUUUCUUUUUAUCAAAACUUAGAAGCUUCUUUUCUAGUAACACAUUGUCUAGAGCAAAUGUAUUUAUUUGAGAGGUACAUAUAUUUAAUGCAUUUUUUUUUUGCAAAUAAACAGUACUACAGAAACCUUUAUUCAGCUCAUUGCAGGAAUUGAUUGAAUAAAAUGGUGAAAAAGUAAAGAUACACACAAAUUUAGCAUAGGCAGGAAAUUAAGGAACAAUAUUGAACUCUUCACAAAAAUUAAUUACUAAAAACCUUUAAUUAAUAAGAAAUUAAGAUAAUCAACAAUCUUGCUAAAACAACUUAAGAGUACAUAAAAGAAAUGCUUAAUUAUACUUUAUUAUGAUACUAUGCUUCAAUUAGUUCCUUCGGCCAUACAGCAAAAUCUUUCAAAUAAUUUAUUGGUUAUAGAUAGGGGUAAAGUAACCAAAAUGUAAAUGUAUAGCUAUUCUAUCUUGACUUUUCCAUGCUUACAUAGUAAAAUAUGCUUGUGUGGGAAAAUGCUUCCUUUGUGUCAGUAAUUAGCUUAACUGAAUGUUUUUCUGCUGGCUGUAGCUGAUAUUCUUUAGUGUUCUGUUAAUUCUGAUACUCACAUGAUCCAAUGUCAAAUGCUAUACUUUGUAAUAAAAAUCAUGGCAUUUCUCUAAGCGGAAAUAUACCUAUUAGUCCCAUAUUAACUACUAUGGCCAUGGCACAUAUAUAGUUCUGCUUCUGUGGCAAAGAGAUUAACAUUUCAAGCCUGGGAAGUUCAGAAGCAGACCACUGUGGUGGCAAAUAUGUACUUCAGAAGACAAAGCCACUGUAAAGCUUUGGUGCCCUAAUAGAAAAAAGGCGGACAAAUUUGAAUUAACAGCACUCCGAACUAUAAAAACCAGAGUUGUGAGGAAUAAGAUUUCUAUAAGUGCUCAGGGCAGCAGAGACAAACCUGUGCAGCGUAAGAUAUACUGAUCAAGGCUGUUAAUACAGGUAGUCCUCAACUUACAGCAGUUUGUUUAGUGACCAUUCAAAGGUACACUGAAAAAAGGAAUU